AUGGACAACUCAGAAGUCGAUGCUUUGAACAAAGAGAUUCAACUCGAUAAAAUCCAUGAAGAGAAUCCGCAAGAUUCGCGAGAUGAAGUCAACAUCUCGCAUGGUGAUGAAGAGCAGCGAGAGAAAUUGAUACGACUACCCCUAGGAAGAAUAAAAACCAUCAUCAAAAUGGAUCCUGAAGUUUGUUUAGUUAAUCAAGAGGCUACGUUUUUGGUGGCGAAGUCAGUGGAAUUUUUUAUUGAAUCUCUUGCAAAGGAAGCUUAUAAAUAUACUGUACAAGCGAAGAAAAAGACUGUUCAAAAACGUGAUGUAGAAAAUGCCAUUGAUAACGUGGAUGCACUUGUAUUUUUGGAAGGUAUGCUCGAUUAA